AUGACGGCGCACGAUAAAAAUGUGUUUGGUAAAGCAGAGAUGCGAUUUGUCGAUUCAUAUCAGUUUCUAUCGUCAAAAUUAGAAACCUUGGCAUCCUUUUUAAGCGCAGAACAAUGUCGGACGGUACGAAAAGUCUUUCCUGAGGACGAAAAGUUCUCCUACAUGAGAUGCAAAGAUAUCUUUGAAAAUUUCAGAGAUUUGUGCUUAAAAACGUACAAGCUUGAUCCAGCUCACUAUUUUACAGCCCCCGGUUUGAGUUGGGAUGCGAUGCUACGAUACAGCAAAGUAGAGUUACAGCUGCUUACAGAUGUUGAUAUGAUUCAUUUUUUUAAAAAGGGAAUUCGGGGGGGAGUCAGUACAUGUACCUCACGUAAAGUUGAGGCGAACAAUAAAUUUCUACCACAUUACGAUCCGUCAAAGGCAUCAUCGUAUUUAGUUUACCUUGAUGCAACAAAUUUGUACGGUUAUACGAUGCAACAGUACCUACCAACUGGUAAUUUUGCAUGGUUAACACGAGAUGAGAUGGAUAGGAUUCAAGAGACAAUUACACAGAUUUCGGAUACAUCGGAUAUUGGAUGUCUCAAAACGGUAAUAUAUGACUUUUUCUAUGACUUUCUGAAGCGUCAAUAUGGUGAUAAGGUGUCUGUAGCUUACACGGACACUGAUUCGCUAAUAGUACAUGUUGAAACCGAUAAUUUCUAUGAGGACAUGAAAUCACACAUACAUUACUUUGACACAUCCAAUUAUGAUGCUUCCAACCCACAUAAUAUGCCUCAAACAGCGUCAGAGUUGGGUAAGAUGAAAGACGAAUAUGCUGGUAAGAUACUGUCUGCAUUUUAUGGUACAGGUCCCAAAGCAUACUGUAUAGAUGCGGUAGACCAAGUAGCUAAACGAGCCAAAGGUAUAUCUAAGGCGAGUGUAAAAAAUCAGUUACAUUUGCCACAUUAUAAGGAUAUUGUUGAGGAGAAACGGACAUCUGUAUACUGUACGAUUUAUGUAUUUAAAUCGGAGUCGCACAAUAUCUACACAAAUUAUAUAAAAAAAGUAGCAUUGACCAGUACGGAUGAUAAACGUUUCUUGAUACCAAACUCAACAAAGACAUUAACUUGGGGUCAUCAAGAUAUAUUAUUUCAUAACAUGUCACAUGAGGAGCGCUUGGAUACAUUACUGCACUUGAUGCAAGAAGCCAUUGUGUUGAAUAAUAAGCAUCAGAUAGCAUGA